GCGUGUGUGUGUAUCCAAAAGGUUUUGCCAACCGGACCGGUAAAUCCAUGCCUUUAGGUCAUUGAUUUAACCGCUGGAAACAGCUAUAUUUCGCUAGUCAAAUAAAAUACAACUGUGGUGUUUCCACCCGGAUUAUGUUCUGUUUCUCUGAGGAAGUUACUGGCCAGUUUUAUCGCGUUGAAGUUACCUGGCCGAACUGUUGUUAAACAUUGCCGUUGGAGUUUGUCAUCCAAGGUGUCGAAUGGCCUCUGGUGUUACUGUGAAGACAGAGAAGCGACCGGCUCCCGACACAGAGGACGGCCAUGUGAAGGCCAAAAAGGCCAGGAAGCUGCUGCCGAGCCUGAAGACGAAGCGUGCCCGCGAGCUGGUGCUGGUGGUGGGCACGGGGGUGAGCUCUGCGGUGGCUCCCCAGGUGCCGGCGCUGCGCAGCUGGAAGGGCCUGAUCCAGGCUCUGCUGGACGCCGCCAACGACUUCGACCUGCUGGAGGACGAGGAGAGUCGACGCUUCCAGAAGAGCCUCGCCGAGGACAAGAACCUGGUGCACGUGGCACACGACCUCAUCCAGAAACUCUCACCGCGUACGGGUAACGUGCGCUCCACCUUCUUCAAGGACUGCCUGUACGAGGUGUUUGACAGCCUGGAGGACAAGAUGGAGCACAUGGGGAAGCACCUGCUGAGCUCCGUGCUGCAGCUGAUGGAGAGUGGCGCGCUGGUGCUCACCACCAACUUCGACAACCUGCUGGAGCUCUACGCCGGACACCAGGGCACCAGGCUAGAGUCGCUGGACCUCACAGAUGAGAAGAAGGUAUUAGAGUGGGCCCAGGGCAAGAGGAACCUGAGUGUGCUGCACAUCCACGGCGUGUACACCAACCCCAGCGGCAUCGUGCUGCACCCCGCAGGCUACCAGAACGUCCUGCGCAACACAGAGGUCAUGAGAGAGAUCCAGAAGUUGUACGAGACCAAGUCCUUUGUGUUCCUGGGCUGCGGCCGCACAGUGGAUGACACCACGUUCCAGGCCCUGUUCCUGGAGGCGGUCAAGCACAAGUCGGACCUGGAGCACUUCAUGCUGGUGCGGCGCGAGGAGGAGGGCCUGGACGAGUUCAAGAAGCUGCGCGACAACAUGCUGGACAAGGGCAUCAAGGUCAUCUCCUACGGCAGCGAGUACGCCGACCUGCCCGACUAUUUCCAACGCCUCGCCACCGAGAUCUGCAACCACCCGGACAGCUGCUGCGGCGGCGGUGGUGGCGGGAUGGACGGCGGCGGGUCGGGCUCCGUGUCCGGCUCCUCCAACGGCUGGGGUGAGAUCUCCCUACAACGAGGAAGAAUCCCAGAACGGUUUCACCUCCCUCAAGAGCCUCCUGCAAGAUGAGCACUCAUGACAGGUGCUGGAGUGGUGGGGAGUCUGGCGCCUUUUCUGUCUGCUGUACCCCUCAUAGAGUAGCCUCCUUCUCCUCCUCCUCCUCAAUUCCACCUUUACACACUACAUGGAUCAACAGUAAGCAAAAGAAAGAGGAAGACGCCUGUUCAAGCCCAUCGUGUCUUUUCCGCUCCUCGUAGAUUAGUGUCCUCCUCCUCCUCCUCUUUUUCCUCUUGCUCCUCCCUCUCACCGCCCUCUUCCUCAGGUCCACCCCUGCUGUACACGGAUCAGUCAUAAAAGAGAGCGGGAGGGAGAGAGAGCCCCUGUUCCAUCCUAUUGUCCUUGUAGAGUAGCCUCCUCCUCUUUCCUCUCAUCCUCCGAUUGCACACAUUCAUCGUUUACUUGGAUCAGCAGUAGAAGACAGAGAGAGGAGAGAGUCCCUGUUUCUGUUUCAUCUCAUUGCCCUUGAUUAUUCCCUUUGACCUCUCUAAUCCAUUCACAUGUCCCCUUCUCAACCACGUACCACAAUCAACUUGUCAACUCAGCCUUGUGCCUUCCCCCCUCCAAGAGACAGACUUUUUUUGUACACAGAACGCACAAUAAAAGGUCAUCUAAGCCAGCAGGUACUCAUAGAUGAUGGAUUGGGGGUUUUUUGUAUUGUUUUUUUUUUUUUUUUUUUACCACAAUUGGUCCUCUCAAGUUGAUGCUGGACUUAACAAAGUGAUGGCAAUAUUAUACAAGCGUAGCCUACCAUGAUCUUAGACUCUGGAGAACCCAUUGCUGGUUGAACCAAUGACACUUUGCAAUGUGCCUUAUAUGUCUGUGCUCCCGUGGUACACAACGGAUCCCACAGCCUGCACAGUGUAGUGGGGCUUAACCUUAGAGCUCAGACAUGACUCCACCACCACCACCCCGCUCUCCAUGGACUCUGAACCAGGCCAUUCAACACAACAACAACAACCGCAGCAGCUGCAAGCUACAAGGACCACAGAGACAAUACACAGUAGUUAGCAAAAGCACACAUCCGAUGCUGUGUCGAGGAAGUCAAAGUCCUGCCAAAUAUGUAUGAUACACAUGGUUUAUGAUGAAUAAAUGAACCGAACAAUCCUAUUUUUUUAGUCAGGCUAAAUAGUUUAACUAGAUGUGUUAGGAGAUUACAAAGCCUGUGAUACGAAAUAUACAGUAUGUCUGGCCUUCUACUAUCUCCUGUCAGGUUGUAUUCAGCCAGGUUCCAACUGCAGCUGUUGCCACAUGGUAGGUCUUACUGUAUGUUUCCCAGACCUAAACCAACAGCAAGGCAUCUAUUGGCCGAUAUUCUGAUUAAAAAAAAAAAAACACUACACAUGUACAGUACGUCUGUAGCAAACACAGUUAAAGUGUUCAGUUUGAACAUCAAAGAAGAAAUUGUGUAUCUGGUGGUAGCUAUAGUGUAUUUCAUAAAAGCAACAUUUUUUGUAUUGUUAUUUUUUAAGACUGUACAGGUAACUUUUUCUGUUGUUGUCUGUAGGUAUUUAUGUGUACUAUUUUAGAAUAAAGUAAAACUUAAAAUGUAAAAAAUGUGUUUAUUUUGCGUGUACUGUAUGUCAACAUGAGGUGCAAACUCACAGCAGUAACCAACAGGUUAUAAAUUCCUGAGAAUUGUCAAUAUUGUCAAGUAUUUAUUUCAAAGAUUUUCUCCCAGAAAUGUGAGACUACUUAAGUGAUAGGCUUUUUCUUUUUGUCAAUCACGCAAAACGAAAGUAAAUUUAAAAAAAAAAGACUUUCUUGAAAAGAGACAAAAAUCAUGGAAUGAAUGAAAUCUGAUUUGUGGAGACGUCUUUGUUAGCUUUCAUUUUGCGUGAUUGAUAAUACUACUACUUUUACUACUGCUACAACUACUUCCACUACUACUAAUAAUAAUGAAAAAAAUAUCGAUGGAAAUUGAUGACACUAGAGGUCAUGGAAUAUAAGAGCAGCUUUAUUUAAGAAAUGUUUAUACAUUCUCAUAAAUUAUCUCAAAAUCUUCUCUAUAUCUCUCUCUCUGUGUGCAUGCUGCACUACUGCAGAUCAUAAUGGGACAGUCAGGGUUAGCAUAGACAGAAUGAACUAUUUAACAGUAAACAGAAGGGAAAUGAUGCAGAAUUGCUUAUACUUGCUGUAUACUGAUAACUGAUUGGAAACAAACAUAAUACUGUCCAAACUGUUUGGCAGUUACACACAAAAUAAAACAUGGUGUCCUUAUUUUUGCCCCUUAAAAUGCGUUUUAACCCCUGAAGUGAAUUGUCAUUGUGAUUUGUUGGGCAUUCAUUUUCACCAGUUAAGCUGUGAUGUGAAUGAAGAUGUUUCAUCUGACAAUAGUCAUAUGAAAAGCAACAGGACCAAAUCUGUUCAAUUUGAAAACUCCCAGCUGCAGAUAUUACCGUUGUGGUGAGCCUUGAAAACAAAAACAAAUAAAUGUUGUGCAUUCAAUAAAAUCAAUAAAUUAAGUCCAGGCUUGCGGAUACCUGAAGUGAGUGUUGUGUGACCACCAGUUUUGAGUAUAGGUAGAGACAGGAUGCACUUUGCUGAGUCUCAAGAAAAUCACACUUCAUUGAAUUGGUUUGGUUUUUUGUUUGUUGGUUUGUAUUGUUUUGUCACUGUCCAAACA